AUGAAACUCUUCGCCUUUGGGUCCAAUGGAUCAGGCCAACUAGGAAUCGGUCAUACAGAAGACGUCUCAAUACCUACUCCAUGUCUUUUCGAGACAGACAUUACAAAUGCAACAGAUACGACACAUCAAGAAAAGACAGACCUUACCAAUAUCCUCGAUGAUGAUAUCGUUCACAUCGCAGCAGGGGGAAACCACACCCUCCUCCUGACGAAACGUGGAGCUAUUUAUGUGGCUGGUUGUAAUAUAGAUGGACGGUGUGGUCCUCGAUAUGAAAAUCAAGAUGAGGAUGGAAAUAUAUCCCAUUUCCGCCGUUUCAUCCUCAAAGAUUCAAUCACCGGAUCUGAAGUCUCGACUUUCAAACAUGUUUCUGCGACUUGGGAGGGGACAAUUGCCGUGGCAUCUAUCCCACAGCCACAGUAUCAAUCAUCAGAAAACGAAACACAAGACAAAAUCUAUAUUACCGGUUCCUCCCCAAAAGGAACCUUAACACAUAAUACCACAGACCCAACCCAACCAGGGACAAGCAUACCCAAUUUUCCACCAAAGGAUACGAAGAUUACGUCCCUAUCGAGUAGUAUGGCGCAUACAAUAGCGAUUCUCUCGGACGGGGAUGUCUACGGCUGGGGCGGAUCACGGAAAGGUCAACUCGGUGCUAGGAACCGUGAAUCAAAGAUUGUCUGUCGGCCGACGAAGGUUGAUGUGCCGUUUCCUGUGAAGGGAGGUGCCUGUGGGCGGGAGUUCUCGGUUGUUUGGGGGUCUGGCGGGAAGCUCGGUGUCUUUGCUGAUUCGGGGAUGAAAUGGGGGGUUACGGGGAUUCCGGAGGUUUUAUCGGGCUUUUCGGAUUCAGACGAGAAUGUGUGUGGAGGAGUGAGAGGAUGUAUUCCCUUUGCUUCGGCUGGUAUUGGGGCUAGUUGGCAUGGUGUUUAUGUACAUGUUGCUCCUGCAUCUGGUUCGAUUACGGCGAAUGAGACCGACACUCAACAACACGCCGAUUCUACUCCCAAUCCUCACCCCGGCUCCAUUAUAGCCUGGGGCCGCAAUGACCGCGGCCAACUCCCACCCCCAACCCUCCCACCAACCGUCCACCUCGCCGUCGGAAGCGAGCAUGUCCUCGCACUCCUGGAAAACGGACAGGUGGCAGCAUUCGGAUGGGGCGAACAUGGAAAUUGCGGACCGGAUACAGAUCCACAAGGUAAUGUGUCGGGGACAUAUAAUAUCGUUCCAUUACCUGAAACUGUGAGCGCUGCUGGUGAACGGAUUAUUGGUGUUGGAGCUGGGUGUGCGACUAGUUUUAUGCUUGUAUCAUGA